AUGUUCGGCUUCAGGGCGAACCUCUCGACGCAAGACGUGCUUCUGCAACUUAAAGAAGAGGUCCCGCAGACAAUGACCAAGGAUGGGGAAAACGUAGUCAUGGCACUUGAUACAAAAGGUGCUUUUGACAACGUCAGCCACGCCGCUAUAAUGGAGGGGCUAAAUAACACCAACUGCGGAAGAAGAAUCCAUGACUAUGUCAAAGACUUCCUGACCAACAGAGCGGCCACAGUGGGACUAGGGGAGUUAAAGAGUGAUGUCUUCAGCACCCCAAGCAAAGGCACAUCCCAAGGCUCAGUCAUCUCGCCCAUACUCUUUAAUGUGGCGAUGAUCGGAGUAGCAGAAAGACUCAGCAGAAUCCAGGGCAUCCAGCACGCGAUGUACGCAGACAACAUCACGGUCUGGGUGAACCAUGGAUCCCUGGGAGAGAAACAGGAGAGGCUACAACAAGUACCAAGCUGCAUAGAAAGAUACGUAAAGGAAAGAGGACUAGCCUGUUCUACAGAGAUGUCUGAGCUACUGAGGGUAGGAAGGCACCCCACUGAUGCAGGGGCAUCAGUGGGGUGCCUGGAGGGGCAGAACAUCCCGGAGAGAAUGAUAAGAGUCCUGCGGAUGUGGCUACAAGCAAGCAGGAAAUGCAACCACACACUCAGCCUGCUCAGCAAGUCGGCUGAACAGGUAGGCAGAAUGAUAACCAGAGUCUCCCACCGAAGGCAUGGGAUGAAAGAAGACGACAUACUAAAACUCGUCAGAGGCCUCAUAGUCAGCAGGGUAAUCUACUCGCUGCCAUACCACCCCAUGAUCAAGAGCGAAACGGAACAAGCAGAGACAAUCCUGCGGAAGGCCUACAAGACGGCACUCCACCUAUCAAGAAACACACCGAACGACAAGCUGCUACAGCUAGGGAUUAGCAACACCUUCGCCGAACUGGCAGAAGCACAGCUUGGAGCACAGUUUCACGGACUCAGAGACACGGCUACGGGAAGAGCGCUCCUGACAAGGUUAGGUCGCGACCCGAGGAGGCAUCUCGAUCGAUCCGCCGAUAUACCCGACGAGAUCCGUAAGACCCUGCAGGUCAAUCCCAUUCCGAAAAAACAUGGAUCCAAAUCUCCACGCGGCCAGAAGGCAGGCGCGGGCCGAUUAUGUGGAAAGGCAUUUAGCCAAACUAGAAAACACGGUUUUCACGGAUGCUACACUGUAUCCAUGGAAUAG